AUGGCGGACAAGGCAUGGUUCUAUGGCUGCAGAUUCAUCAGCGUCCAAGACACACUUGCUGAUGGAUUUGGCCGUCACUACUUCCAAAACUGUUACAUCGAAGGAGCCAUCGAUUUCAUAUGGGGUUAUGGCCAAUCUAUAUACCAAAACUGCAUGAUAUACGUUAAAGGAGUGACAUCAAAGGAAAUGUUGGAGAAUGAAGGAAUGUUAGCGGGAUUCAUAACCGCGCAAGGGAGGGAAAGCGAGCACGACACAAGUGGAUUUGUGUUCAAUAAUUGUGUGAUUGAAGGAGAUGGUAAGGCAUUCUUGGGAAGAGCUUACAGAGGCUAUUCAAGAGUUGUCUUCUAUGGAACCACCAUGUCCAGUGUCGUUGUUCCUGAAGGAUGGAAUGCUUGGCAUUAUAAAGGCCACGAGUACGUAAUAGUUAUCACUUCUAUACCUUAA